GACAGAACUGCCUAAUAGACAGAUAGACAGAUAGACAGAUAGACACGAUGAAUAUGAUGCGCGCGAAAAGAACCAACACCCAGCCCCUGGAAGACGCCUCCACAGCGCCCGCCACCUUCACGGACAACUUGCCCCUCCCGAAACUGAUCGCCUUCGAUUUGGACUACACGCUGUGGCCGUUCUGGGUCGACACGCACGUCAGCGCGCCGGUGAAGCCGCGCGACAAUAACUCGCGCUGUAUCGACCGAUGGGGCGAGUCCUUCGCCUUCUACCCCUCCGUCUCGUCAAUCCUCUACGCCUGCAAAGCACGACAGAUUCCUCUUGCGCUGGCCUCCCGAACACACACGCCUGACCUCGCCCGCGACAUGCUCAAGGCACUACAUGUGAUCCCUACGUUCUCGGAUAACCUGGCGGCGGCGAGGGGCGCGCCGCGGUCGGUGCGCUCGCUCGACUACUUCGACUACGUGCAGAUCUUCCCGGCGAGUAAGACGGCGCAUUUCGCUAAGAUCCAGAGUGCGAGUGGGGUGCGGUUCGAGGAUAUGCUGUUUUUCGACGACGAGGCGAGGAAUCGCAAUGUGGAGACGGAGCUGGGGGUUACGUUUUGCUUGGUCCGCGAUGGGGUGACGAGGGAGGAGAUUGACCGGGGGGUUUGGGAUUGGAGGCGUAGAAAUGGGAUUAAGCCGGCGAAUACUGAGAAUGUGGAGGUUGAUGUUUGAUUUUUUUUAUUCUUACUUCGUCUUCUUUUCCCAUGUAUAUCCCUUCGUCCUUUUUUUCUGAGGUGAUUCCGGUUCUGUGGUUUCUGUUGGUUUUGCUAGAUAUCCGAUUUGUAUGACUUUAGACCAUGUUUUUUUUCUCUUCUUUCUUUCUUCUAUUUCUUCUAUCUCUUUUUCUUUUUGUCAUUCACAUUUUGCAAUUCGCAGUUUCUUCAAGUUUUCCUUUUUAUACUACUGGCAAGUCUAUGCUAUAACUUGCAGGCUCUCAUAUCGAUAAGCGAUAACCAGCGGGAUCGGACCAGCUCCACAUCUCCAACUCUUCUCCUUGACUCCGACUUCACACACAACUAUUACCACCACAACCACACAACAACCCACGACCCUACGAACCCACCCAACACGCUCAACUCAACCCGAACG